GAACCUUUGAUGAGAACCCACAGGGGCUGUUUCCUGGACCAUGGGACUUUGGGCCUGGGCCUGUCCAGGCUCUGACGGGCAGCCACCUGCGGGCACCCACUGGGGACGACCCCGUGGGCGCCUGGGCACCCUUCUGGGGGACUGAGGGCAGUGCUCUCUGCACAGACAGCAGAGCAUAGAGGGUUAAUAUUUUCCCUUUAAGAGAAAGAGGGAAGUUCCCUCUUCACAGUAGAGGUCUGGUUUGUGCAGAUAAGUCUGGCGGCUUCAGCAGGACCAGGACUGCCGCAGACAAAGUGAGGUUCCCCAGCUUUGCACCCCAGCUCGUGUCCAUGGCUGCCAGCAUCAUGUGGGUCCUAGAGCCUCCUGCCCAGAGUCCCGGAGAUGGGAACCCGCGAGAAAACAGCCCGUUCAUCAACCACUCGGAAAUGGAGCAGGAGAGCUUCUGUGAAGGAAAGAACAUGGCGCUCUUUGAGGAGGAGAUGGACAGCAACCCCAUGGUGUCCUCACUGCUCAACAAGCUGGCCAACUACACCAACCUGAGCCAGGGCGUCGUAGAGCACGAGGAACAUGAGGAGGAUGGCAAGAGGCGUGAGGUCAAGAGCCCGCGCAUGGGCACGUUCAUUGGCGUCUACCUGCCCUGCCUCCAGAACAUCCUUGGUGUGAUUCUCUUCCUGCGCCUGACGUGGAUCGUGGGGGCGGCUGGCGUCCUGGAGUCCUUCCUCAUUGUGUUCAUGUGCUGUACCUGCACAAUGCUGACGGCCAUCUCUAUGAGCGCCAUUGCUACCAACGGUGUGGUCCCAGCUGGCGGCUCGUACUACAUGAUAUCACGCUCCCUGGGGCCUGAGUUCGGAGGGGCCGUGGGCCUCUGCUUCUAUCUGGGCACGACCUUUGCUGGGGCCAUGUAUAUUUUGGGGACCAUUGAGAUUUUUUUGACCUACAUCUCCCCAAGCGCAGCCAUCAUCCAGGCAGAGACGGCGGAGGGUGAGGCCGCGGCCAUGCUGCACAACAUGCGCGUGUAUGGGACGUGCACACUGGUGCUCAUGGCCAUGGUGGUCUUCGUGGGCGUCAAGUAUGUCAACAAGCUGGCCCUGGUGUUCCUGGCCUGUGUCGUGCUGUCCAUCCUUGCCAUCUAUGCUGGUGUCAUCAAGACCGCCUUCGACCCACCAGAUGUCCCGGUCUGCCUGCUGGGGAACCGCACCUUGUCAAGACGCGGCUUCGACCUCUGUGCCAAGGUCCAGACUGCCAACAACAGCACGACGCCCACCGCGCUCUGGCGCCUCUUCUGCAACAACUCCAUGUCCAGCGCCAGCUGUGACGAGUACUUUGUCCAGAACAACGUCACAGAGAUCCAGGGCAUCCCCGGGGUGGCCAGUGGCGUCCUGCUGGAUAAUCUGUGGAGCACAUAUGCGGACAAGGGGGCGUUCGUGGAGAGGAAGGGCAUGCCGUCUGUGCCGGUGCCAGAGGAGAGCAGAGCCAGUGGCCUGCCCUAUGUGCUCACCGACAUCAUGACCUACUUCACCAUGUUGGUCGGGAUCUACUUUCCCUCCGUGACCGGUAUCAUGGCAGGCUCGAACCGCUCUGGGGACCUCAGGGAUGCCCAGAAGUCAAUCCCCACAGGGACCAUUUUGGCCAUCGUGACAACGUCAUUUAUCUACCUGUCCUGCAUCGUGCUCUUUGGGGCCUGCAUCGAAGGUGUGAUCUUACGAGAUAAGUUUGGCGAGGCCCUGCAGGGGAAGCUGGUCAUCGGCAUGCUGGCCUGGCCGUCCCCCUGGGUCAUCGUCAUCGGCUCCUUCUUCUCGACCUGCGGUGCCGGCCUACAGAGCCUCACGGGGGCGCCGCGCCUGCUGCAGGCCAUCGCCCGAGACGGCAUCAUCCCCUUCCUGCAGGUGUUCGGCCACGGGAAGGCCAAUGGGGAGCCCACAUGGGCCCUGCUGCUCACGGCCCUCAUCUGUGAGACCGGCAUCCUGAUUGCCUCUCUGGACAGUGUGGCCCCCAUCCUGUCCAUGUUCUUCCUCAUGUGCUACAUGUUCGUGAACCUGGCCUGUGCCGUGCAGACGCUGCUGCGCACGCCCAACUGGCGCCCACGUUUCAGAUACUACCACUGGGCGCUGUCCUUCCUGGGCAUGAGCCUGUGCCUUGCCCUCAUGUUUAUCUGUUCCUGGUAUUACGCGCUCUUCGCCAUGCUCAUAGCCGGCUGCAUCUACAAGUACAUCGAGUACCGCGGGGCGGAGAAGGAGUGGGGUGAUGGCAUUCGGGGACUGUCGCUGAACGCGGCCCGCUAUGCCCUGCUGCGCGUGGAGCACGGCCCUCCCCACACCAAGAACUGGAGGCCCCAGGUGCUGGUGAUGCUCAACCUGGAUGAGGAGCAGCGAGUGAAGCACCCCCGCCUGCUGUCCCUCACCACCCAGCUCAAGGCCGGCAAGGGCCUGACCAUCGUGGGCUCCGUGCUGGAGGGCACCUACCUGGACAAGCAUGCAGAGGCGCAGCGGGCGGAGGAGAACAUCCGGUCUCUGAUGGGCACGGAGAGGACCAAGGGCUUCUGCCAGCUGGUGGUGUCAUCUAACCUGCGGGACGGCAUGUCCCACCUGAUCCAGUCGGCCGGCCUGGGAGGCAUGAGGCACAACACGGUGCUCAUGGCCUGGCCCGGGUCCUGGAAGCAGGAGGAUAACACGUCCUCCUGGAAGAACUUUGUCGAAACUGUCCGAGACACCACGGCGGCACAGCAGGCCCUGCUCGUGGCCAAAAACGUGGACCUGUUUCCGCAAAACCAGGAGCGGUUCAGCGAUGGAGACAUUGACGUGUGGUGGGUCGUGCAUGACGGGGGCCUCCUCAUGCUGUUGCCCUUCCUGCUGCGGCAGCACAAGGUGUGGAGGAAGUGCCGGAUGCGCAUCUUCACGGUGGCCCAGGUGGACGACAACAGCAUCCAGAUGAAGAAGGACCUGCAGGUGUUCCUGUACCACCUGAGGAUCAGCGCUGAGGUGGAGGUGGUAGAGAUGGUUGAAAAUGACAUUUCGGCAUUCACGUACGAGAAGACACUGAUGAUGGAGCAGAGGUCCCAGAUGCUGAAGCAGAUGCAGCUUUCCAAGACGGAGCGAGAGAGAGAGGCCCAGCUGAUCCAUGACAGAAACACUGCAGCCCAUUCCGUGGUAGCCACCAGGACCCAAGCCCCAUCCACGCCAGACAAGGUGCAGAUGACCUGGACCAAGGAGAAGCUGAUCGCAGAGAAGUACAAGAACAAGGAGCCGGGUGUGUCCGGGUUCAAAGACCUCUUCAGCCUGAAGCCGAACCAGUCCAACGUCAGGAGGAUGCACACGGCCGUGAAGCUGAAUGGCGUCGUCCUCAGCAAGUCCCAGGGUGCACAGCUGGUCCUGCUGAACAUGCCGGGCCCCCCCAAAAACCGGCAGGGCGAUGAGAACUACAUGGAGUUCCUGGAGGUCCUGACUGAGGGGCUCGACAGGGUCUUGCUGGUCAGGGGCAGCGGCCGGGAGGUGGUCACCAUCUACUCCUGACACGGCCACCUGGGAGCCCACAGGUUCUUCCCCACCCGGGACACUCAGGAGAAACCACGCCUGGACUGAAUGAAGGUCACCUUGGGCCACAGGGUCUGUUCAGGAAGGUGGCCGAGGGCCUCCAUCCCUCGGUCAGCCUCCUGUGCACCUGUCCCUGUAACAUCCCUGUAAUGUCCCUGUUUGUGUUCCUGUGGAUUGAGGCCAAGGAGCGCCGUCCAUGCACGAUGGGUGGCCUUGGUCAGCAUGCCUGCCCAGCGUGGGAAUGUGUAAAAAGGGAACCCUGGUUCCUCGGGCACACGGGGUGGUCCUCCCAGGUGGGCACAUUCUGGGGGAUCCCGUGGCCUGCAGUUCCCACACACCAGGCUCUGUGGAGAGGGGCCCCAGUGGCUCUGGGUUGGUGAGGCGUCGCUUGCGUGCCUAUACCCUCCUGCCAGCAGAGGGGACCAGGGGCUGCAUUUCGAUGGUCCAUGGACUGACCUGGUCACACCGCUGUGGGUUGUGGUGACGUGGCUCGCUGUCUGUGCAGCGUAUUUAUUUAUUUAAGCACCUGGGGAGUUUUGGUAAUAAUGAGGGUGUCUGUGAAUGAGCCCUGAACCCCUGGGUCAUUGGCUCUCGGGCUCCCCAGGGCCCCCAAGCAAGUCAACUAGGUCCACAGAUUUCAGGUCAGGGAACAGACCAAGCUGUGUGUGUGUCCCGAUGUCCCUGAGGCAUGGUUGGGCAGCACAGAGGGUCCAGAGUGACCACCAGCCAGAGUGUGUGCCAAACCAGCCAUGGCCGGGCUCGGGGCGUACGUACUCCUGCCCGCCGUGGUUCCACAGCAGCAAAGUGGCAAACCCACCUCCCUGGCACACGGGUCACAUGCUGUGUCGGGCAGAGGUGUGUCCCCAGGACCCCAUGAGGUACAGCACGUUCACACGGGCUGGCGAAGAGCCACCACAUAGCAGGACCACCCAUGACCCCAGCCCCUGUUUGCACGGCGUAGGCAGCUGCGGAGUGAGGGUGCAGCUCCGUCCACGCGCCCCUUUCCACACUACUGCGUGGGACCCUGAGUGCAGCCGAUCAAAGUGGGUUCCAUGGUGGUUUUGUAGCUUCCUUGUCUUUGUAUGAUCUUGUUGGUAGAAAAAUAAAUUGUAUAA